AACCCCUUCUCCCUCAUUUCCUCUUCAUUUCCCCUCCCUCCCUCUCUCCAACCCACUGAUUGCUAUUGGCAAAUUUAGGAAUUUGAUUAUGAGCCAAGAAUGAAAACUAACAGCAGAGGCUUUUCACAUCCCGCUAUGAAUGAGCACGGCUCUGGCUACAUCCAUCAGCAGCCUAAAACCUGAGUGGAGAUCGAAGAAAACUAAAUUGGAUCACCCAGUUUUUUCCCCAGGAUCAUCAGGACAGUGCACGACCCUUAGGAUGGAUUCUUCCAAAUCUGACUAUGAUGAAUACUUUGGCAAAGUCCACGGAAUUCUAAUGUAUAAAGACUUUAUAGAAUAUUGGGAUGAUGUGGAUACAUUCCAGGCAAGACCAGAUGACAUUGUCAUUGCCACGUAUCCCAAAUCUGGUACAACCUGGGUUAGUGAAAUUGUGUACAUGAUCUACAAAGAGGGCGAUGUGGAAAAAUGCAAAGCAGAUGCCAUUUUUAAUCGAAUACCUUAUUUGGAAUGCAGAAAAGAAGAUGUAAUGAAUGGAGUAAAACAAUUAAAACAGAUGGCAUCUCCUAGAAUAGUGAAGACUCAUCUGCCAGCUGACCUUCUUCCAGCCUCAUUUUGGGAAAAGAACUGUAAGAUGAUCUAUCUUUGCCGGAAUGCCAAAGAUGUGGCUGUUUCUUAUUAUUAUUUCUUUCGAAUGGUAUCUGCUCAUCCAGAUCCUGGAUCUUUCCAAGAGUUUGUGGAAAAAUUCAUGGAAGGACAAGUGCCAUAUGGCUCCUGGUAUAAACAUGCAAAUUCUUGGUGGGAAAAGAGAAAUAAUCCACAAGUGCUAUUUCUUUUCUAUGAAGACAUGAAGGAGGAUAUCAGAAAGGAGGUGAUAAAAGUGAUACAAUUUCUGGGAAGACAGCCAUCAGAGGAGCUUGUGGACAAGAUCGUACAACACACUUCAUUCCAGGAGAUGAAGAACAAUCCGUCUACCAAUUAUACAACACUACCAGAUGAAGUCAUGAACCAAAAAAUUUCUCCCUUCAUGAGAAAGGGAAUUGCAGGAGACUGGAAGAAUCACUUUACGGUAGCUCUGAACGAGAAAUUUGAUAUACAUUAUGAGCAGCAAAUGAAGGGGUCUACACUGAAGUUAAGAACUGAGAUCUAAGGAGGGUUUCUUAAUAUAUAUAAGAUUAAAGCUUUCUUUUUCAUCAUUCUUCACUUUUUUCAAAGUUUAGCUUGGUAGAGGGGUGCCUGGGUGGCUUAGUUAGUUAAGUGUCUGACUCUUGAUUUUGGCUCAAGUUGUCAUCUCAGGGUUGUCAGAUCAAGCCCAACAUCGAGGUCUGUGAAGAGUGUGGGACUUGCUUAAGAGUCUCUCUCCUUCCUCUGCACCUCCCCCAAGUCGUGCUGGCUCUCUCUCUUAAAAAAAAAAAAAAAAAAUA